CCCACCCUUCCCUCUGCAGGCCAGGGCUGGCGACGGCCUCCAUAUAUUUAGAGAGGACGAUAGCCCCCCCGACUCAGUUGAGCUGACAGAGACCUCACAGGCAGACUUGACCUUGUCAGAAAGUCUUCAAGAUGCCAAACUGGGGUGGAGGAGCAAAGUGCGGAGCCUGCGACAAGACAGUCUACCAUGCAGAAGAGAUCCAGUGCAACGGAAGGAGUUUCCACAAGACCUGCUUCCACUGCAUGGCCUGCAGAAAGGCUCUGGACAGCACCACGGUUGCAGCUCACGAGUCAGAGAUCUACUGUAAGGUCUGCUAUGGGCGCAGGUACGGCCCCAAGGGCAUCGGGUUCGGACAAGGUGCUGGCUGCCUCAGCACGGACACGGGCGAACACCUGGGCCUCCAGUUCCAAGAAUCCCCAAAGACAGCACGUUCAGCCACCACCAGCAACCCUUCCAAGUUCACUGCCAAGUUCGGAGAGUCAGAGAAGUGCCCUCGAUGUGGAAAGUCAGUCUAUGCUGCAGAGAAGGUGAUGGGAGGUGGCAAGCCUUGGCACAAGACCUGUUUCCGCUGCGCCAUCUGUGGGAAGAGUCUGGAGUCCACGAACGUCACUGACAAAGAUGGGGAACUCUACUGCAAAGUUUGCUACGCCAAGAACUUUGGCCCCACGGGCAUUGGCUUUGGAGGCCUCACGCAGCAGCCGGAGAAGAAAGAGUGAACGGUGCGCCCAUUCUCAGACCUUCCGCCAGCCUGAGAUGUUUUCCACGUGACCCUGCCCCCAUGG